AUGGAAUCCUUAAAAAUUGUAAAUGUGAAGAAAAGGAGAGCGAAGCAUGUUUCUUGUUUGAUACCGCUGUUUAGCUAUAACAAGAUAAUAUCCUUGGCUAAGCACACGCGUGCACGUAAAUGUCCUAAUGUAGUCACCAGCCUUUCUAUAGCAUCCAAAGUCCUGAUAGAUGUAAACAAGGUGCUAAAACAUGUGCACACUGACACCGGUGACUUCAGCAAGGUCAUGAGCAUCAUCAAGUCCUUCGUCAAUGACAUUUUCGAGCGCAUCGCCGCCGAGGCUUCUCGUCUGGCUCACUACAACAAGCGCUCUACCAUCAGCAGCCGCGAGAUCCAGACCGCCGUGCGGCUCCUGCUAUCGGGCGAGCUGGCAAAGCACGCCGUCAGCGAGGGCACCAAGGCCGUCACCAAGUACAGCAGAACCAAGUACACCUACUGCACAAGCUAUAACCCCGGCCUUUUUCAAGGCCACCCCCACCCCACAAAAGAGCUAUAACAGUCACUCUUACCAUUCAAACAAUGACCCAACACAUACACACAAUUACUAACCUGUGAUCGCAGCUACUACUGUUAAUUAACUAUUUCAACAGGAUUGUUCUUAUACAUGAAACACAGCUCGUAUACCAAAAGAGCUGCGUGUCACGUAUAAGAACAAUCCUGUUGAAAUAGUGACAACCUAUGGUUAUUUAGGUAUUGUUGUCAAUUCUGCGGGUACUUUCAAGGCAAAUAACAAACAUCUGUACAUCAGGGGACUAAAAGCUUUAUUUGGGAUAAACCAAUCUUUAGACAAAGCCGACACGCCUUUGUCAGAAACAAACGUUUUGAUACCUGCGUCAAGCCCAUAAUUCUUACGGGUCGAAAAUCUGGUGUUCUGUUAAAAGCUCCAAAUCCUGUCCUAUCGGAUCCAUUCACCUAAAAUUCUGUGGCCUUGCCGCUAGAGCCGAGUUAGGGAAGUUCUCCAUGCAUUUGGAAGCCUUCCUAAAUGCUAUCAAACACUUAAUUAGGCUUCGCCAGAAAGUACCAGCAGACAGUUUUCAGUCAGACUGGAGCCAAGUGUUGGGCUUCAGGAGUUCGCCAGUCACUGGAGGAAUGCGGUUAUGGAUUUAUAUGGCAUUGUCCUCUACAACACAACACAAAUUCGUCUCAAAUUAUCAAUUCUAUCAAUCAGCGUCUGAAAGACAUUUAUUUUCAAACUUUUCUAAGAGAGCUACACAAUGAUAUUGAUAACAAAGGAGGGUCCGCUAAAAACAAAUUGAGGUAUUACAUUUACAGACUGUUCAAGUCCAACUAUCAUGUAGAACAAUUCCUGGGUAUUAUCAAUAUUCGGCACAGAACGGCCGUCACAAAACUACAAAUCAGUUGCCACAAAUUACACAUUGAAAUCGGAACACAUAACCGCACUCCUCUAGAACAAUGAAUAUUGUGAUAUAGAUAAGUUACAAGACUAACAUCAUUUUGUAGUAGAAUGCAGUUUGAGCAAGGAAGAGAGAGCUGAACUCUAUAUAUAGACUGAUAAAACCCAAAAUACUGAUAAAGGUCGCGUUACGCCAAAACCAACAUGAUUUGGCUAAUCAAGCGACAAGGUCGCGUUACGCCCCAAACGAACAUAGCAAGAUUUGGGUCAUCAGAUCACAAGGUCGCGUUAGGCCCAAACGCACAUAGAAAGCGUGAUUUGGGUCAUCAGGACACAAGGGCGCGUUAUGCCCAAACGCACAUAAUUUGGCUGAUCAGGCGACAAGGUCGCAUUACGCACAAAACGAACAUAGCAUGAUUUGGGUAAUCAGGUCACAAGGUCGCGUUAAACGAAAACGAACGUAGAAAGUAUGAUUUGGGUCAUCAGGCCACAAGGUCUCGUAACACACAAAACGAACAUAGAAAGCAUGAUUUGGGCCAUUCACAUACAGCCCAUUUACAUACAGUUCCUUCACACAUUGCUUCUUCAUUGAGCACAAACAACCCCUACUGCUUAAACAGCUUUUGUCCCAAUGGGCUUUCGUAGGUCCAAGU